AUGACGACGACAUCGCCGGCUACAGACAGCAAAGCACCACGCGCUUGUCUACUGGAAAUACCCGCUGAACUACGGCUCCAAAUCUACCGGCAUGCGCUCGACUCAUCGCAACUCACCUGCGAGGUGCAUCCCCACGCCAGCGGUAGCCUUGACAAGAAAUGGCGAGCACCGUUCUGGAUCCAUCUGCCAGCCACCUAUUUAGCCCUAGUACAGACCUGCCGCCUGUUUCGAGACGAGGCCUGGCCUCUCAUCGAUGGCAUUGCGUCGUGGCAUCUGCGGGGCGACAGGGCUGUUGAACACUUCGUCCACUACCUCUCAAAGACGAAGAGGGUCAAGGUCACCACACUGACAGGCGUCGAAACGACCACUUACCAAUACAUGCGUUUCCUCAAUCAGUUUCCCAGACUUCGGAGCGUACACGUCCGGCGUAGAGCGGCGUUCAUUGGGACUCUUACACCGGCUCAAGCCGGAGCAUUGCCCUUUGAAACCGUCAUCCACGCCUUUAACCAAGACGGAUUGGACUACCUAGGGCCCCAGGGGAUACAGCAUCACAUCGACCAAGGACGAUGGGAUGAAUUCACCGCAUACUCGGGCAUCGUAUUUGACUAUCUCAAGGACACAGUCAAUGCAGAAGGGUUCUAUGAAAGCCUGGGCAGAUUCGUCUUGCCGUGCACCCUGGACCUUGUCCGUAAGACGGUCGUGAAACACACGGACAAGCUGGUCCCGACGCAGGGAGGGUUGACUGCUUUUGAGGUUUGGAGCAAACGCUGCACACGCCCGGCGUCCGCUAUCGCGGAGGCAGAACAUCACAAGUUCGAGAAAGAUAGCUCGCCGUUGCAGGUCCGGUAUGCCAGCUAUUUGGGCAUCGAUCCCACGACAGUUGAGGGGCCGAAGGCCCCUAGAAGGUCGAAGUGGCAACGACAAGAGUGA